CCCCAAAUCUCCCCUCCCACCCCCGUCCUCCUCACCCUCUGCCCUCUCGGAGCGAACAGUGAUCGCCAGCGUGAAGCUGGAGAAGAGAGGAGGCAGCUCCGGGGAGGGGGGCUCCCACCCCCACGCAGAGCCCAGCCGAGAGGCCCUGAGGCUGGGGAACUCCACCACCUCCUCCCCUGGCUUAGUGCAAGGCCUGGAGCAUAUGGAGGUGUUGUACCACGGCAUCAAAAACACAAACCCCCGCCCUCACCUCUCAGACAGUGAGGAGGAGAGUGGGAGAGAAGGGGUGGACACGGGGAGGUGUAAGAGGGUGAGUAGUAAGAACCGACAGAGGUCAGGGGGCGGGACGUUCAGAAUGGACCAGCAUGCCCCUGGGCCCCCGUCCUCGCCCCCGUCCUCGCUACCAGACACUUCCUGUUACAGAGACUCAUCACUUCCUGCUAAGCGCUGUAAGUUGGACUCCCCUGACAUGGACAACGCUAGCUUCUCCUCCGGCUCUCCGCCACACCACGAGUCUCUUAACGAGCACCUGCAGUGUGCCAUCGACUCCAUCCUCAACCUGCAGGGCCAGGCCCAGGAGCCCAUGCCGCGCGGGGCCAAAGGGGGCUCCGCCAGGCCACACCACAGCCAGCCCUCCUCACACACACACAGACCCUCCUCCUCCUCCUCCUCCUCUUCUUCUCAGGUUGGAGGAAGAGGACACAACGGCAGCCUGGUGCCACAGACUCAUGGCAGAUAACACACACACACACACGGGACAGGAGAGACCGAAGAGGAGAGGGGGGACAGAGAACUCUCACUAUGCUCUGACAAACUGUUUGUCCAUCUGAAUGUUGUCUACUUUACAGCAUGACCCAGUGCUCACAGUCACACCAUGGAUGGGUGGUGAUUUACUCUUUCUCUGUAAAAAGGUAUCAUGCUUUACUCUGUGGCAGUCUCCUCUGCUCUCUCAACCAUUCAUUAGAAUAAUUAGUUUAUUAUUGUCAUUGAGGUUUUUCCUUUUUCAUUCACACGCUGUAUUCCAUUACAUUCCUUAGUUAUCAUGUUAUAGCUGCUGUCUGUCUGUCUGUCUCCUGGUUAAGAAAUAAGACCCGGGUCAUGUUUAGUAGGUAUGAAACGGGAGAAAACAUUCUGAAACUAACUUGUCCAAUAAGAACACAGAUUUUUGUUUUUCUGUUGCAAAAUGUUUUACUACGGUGUGCCCAAGGGAUCACUCCCUACAGCCAGCUGUCACUAGGUAAACCACACCAGGAGGAGAGAGGCCUGGUUUAGCCAUCUCAUCAUCAAUGAAGACAUGUAAUAAUGAGAUCACCUGCAUGUUAAAACACAUCUCUACUGUUGUGAAUGCCUCUGGUUGCCCCUGGUUGCCUCUGGUUGCCUCUGGUUGCCCCUGGUUGCCCCUGGUUGCCCCUGGUUGCCUC